AUGCGAACACUAUCACUCUUCGCGACUGCAGCGUCGCUGAUUGCUGCAGUCGCGGGCGCUGGAUCACGGGAACAUGAUGGAAGAGAAUCACCAGCAAGCACAAAGCCUCUCAGGAUUAUGGUCGUUGGAGAUUCCAUUACUCACGGCCACGAAGGCGAUUUCACCUGGCGUUAUCACAUCUGGGAAUGGUUUCGGGCGAAUAAUGUCUCUGUUGACUUUGUCGGGCCAUACAAGGGCASAAUCGAUGUUGGUCAUCCCUUGCCUCCACAGCCGCCGUAUGUGAUUGGGGAUGAAGCCCCCCCGCUAUUUGGCAAGGCGCGGAUUCCCUGGGGAUAUGCUGAAGCAGUUCCCAAAGACUUCGAUUCUGAUCACUUCUCAACCGGAGGCUACAAGGCUCAAUUGGCUAAAGAGGUGAUUCGCGAUCUGGCGAAGCAGUAUCAGCCCGAACUGGUUUUGUGCUUGAUAGGAAUCAAUGACUUUAUCUGGUCAUUGGACUCGCCUGAAGGUCUGCUGGACAGUACAAAAACUAUCAUAGAGGAGAUUCGCGUUGUGAACCCUCGCGCAAAGUUUGCAGUUGGUAAUGUUGUACACAGAGGGUUCAGGGAUGCCGCGCUUGAUGAAAGGACCGACAAGUUCAACCCACUACUCGCAAAAGAAAUCCCUAGCUGGAGCACAAAGCAGUCACCCAUUCAUUAUGUCGACGUAGCAUCAGCAUACUCUUGCGGACCUGACCAUCCUCAUUGCCCAGCCGCUUUCGAUCAGUUACAUCCUAGCGCUCUGGGAAAUUAUCAAAUCGCACAGGUCUUUGCACAGACUUUAAUCGACAAAUUCGACAUUGGCCACGAGACUCUCCAUAUACCUGCCGUGAUGCCCAUAAAUCGGGUCUUCCGAGUUCCCAAGAAUUUAAAAGCCGAAUCAUCACCAACAGGUGUCAAGGUGACCUGGGACCACAACUACGGCAUGACAUCCUACAAAGUGAUGUGGAGAACAGGAGUACAGCCAUGGACUGAGCAGCACGUCGAGAUGAAUCGUUUCGAUACCAUCACUGAGACGGCCGGUACAUUGUAUCAAUACAAGAUUCGUGCAUGCCAUGGCGAUCGGUGCAGCGCAUUUUCUGAAGUUGUCGAGGCUGUUUCGGAUCGGCACACUGCUCCCCCACCGAGGGACUUCCAUAUGGUCUCAGAAAAUAGUCAGUUCCGGGUUUCCUGGUCACCGCCGGAGAACAGUAGUAAUUGGAACAUCACCAUGUACGAGAUCUCUAUGCGGAAUAUGGCAGAGACCAACUGGAACUCUGUGGGAUCUCGCCGGUUUUCAGAGACGAUCACUGGAUUCUUUGGACUCCCAAAAGGUAGCAUAUGGUCCGUUCGAAUGGCUACGUGGACGCAUCCAGAAGGCAAAGGACUGUAUGCCUAUACACGGCCAGUCGUGGAAGGUGGUGGAAAGCCAGAACAACCCAAGAACUUGCAGGCGAAAUACACAACCCACACCUCCGCCUCUCUGACAUGGAACGCUUCUGCCAACGCCGCUGCAUAUCUGAUAUACUACCGCAGCAUCGGUGGUCAGCGCCCUGGACCAUUCAUGACGACCGGUGAUAUGGUCAUGGGUCCCCUGCCUCAAACAACAGUCCAAGGUCUGGUUCUCGGAAGAGGAGCAUUUGAAUUCUGCGUGACGGCCGUGAACGGCGAUGCGGAGUCGAAGGCAGAAUGCGGGACUCCGGGAGCCUCGAACAUGAAGUGGCAUCCGGUGGAUGUGUUGGGAUCAUUGACUAUGAAUUCCACAUUGUGGGUUUGUGCACUGUUAUUGGUUGUCAUCUUUUUGCUUAUGGCGCGAAGGAGACGCGGAGCCUGCUCUAUUCGAUAA